AUGUUGUAAAGUUUCAACGCAUCCUUCAGUAUGUCCUCCACAUCUACCAUCAGGAGGUGAAGAAAGUCAUAGAUGCCGCUCAAGGUAGCUGGGAGAGGUUCAAGGAGGGGAGCAGGUAGGUUCGAAGAGCCCAUUGCCAGGAUUCAUAGGGAGGCGACGACGAGGCAGGAGGUGGAGAUGAGGAUAGAGGAGUUGCGACCCUCGCCUAUGGGACCUGAUGGCAGGCCGAUCCGCCUGGAGAUUGGAAAUGCGUCGGACUUCAUCCCCGCGUUUGAGUGGUUCAUGCAAGAGCAGGGCAUACAGAGAGAUGAUUGGAUGCAGACACUACCACUCACGACCAGGAAGGCGGAAAUGCCACUGGUUAUGCAGAUCAGGGACAUGGCACGAGAUUGGGAGAGCUGCAGGGCACAUUUGAGAGAGGCCUUUCGACGGCCAGAGCUCCCUCAGCCGAGAGUCGAGAGGCGGGAGAGGAGUCAGAGGCCGAUGGACCCUGAGCCCAGGGAGGCGAGACCAUCUCGAGGAGGACGGAAGRCCCUAGCCAGGAGAGAGCAAGAGCCAGAGGAUGAGGAGCGAGGGGCAUACCCUGAGUGUGGGUUGGGGCUAGUGGAGUUCCAUCGUUUUACUGAGGGUGGAUUGAGGAGGUCGCCAGCACACACACAGGGGGAGCCACCAGCGUCAGAGGGGCCCUUGAGGGAAUUGGAGAUGCAUUUAGAUAUUUCUCGGUGGACGGCGUCGCUUCAGGGUGAGGGGCAUGGAGAGCAGGCAGAGGAGGUGUCACGAGAGAAGGUGCCACGAGAGGAGGUGCGACAGGGGGAGACACCACGAGAGAAGAUGCCGCGGGGGAG